AUGGGAACUGCUUGCUCUUUAAAUCAAUAAUUUAUAGAAUAAUCUCCUCAAAUAAUAUUAAAUCACUUUGACAUUAAAGCUUAUCCUUUAUAAUACAAUGCCAAACUCUAUACUCAUUGCCCUACUAAACAGGAAAUUUCUAAAGUUUUAGUUUAAUAAUCUAAAGAGAAUAUUGAUGAAGAAUAGCCAUCUGAUUCUAGUGGGUCCUUUUUGGAAUGUUCCCAUAGAAGAACAGAAUCUUAAAAUACAUAAAGAAAUAGUUUAGAUUUCUCAAUAAAUAAUACAGAAGUACAUAAAAAAGGAAUCCUUAGACAACCUCAUUCUUUAAAAACCAUAAGUUAAAAAUCUGUUUAACAAAGACAAAAGAAAAAGGUUCAUUUUUAAAAGUCUAAAUUUGUACAAAUGUGA